AUGCCGGUGGAGGGGUGGUGGCCGUCAGCGUGGUGGCUGGGGAUGAGGGGUGGUGGGCAUGUGGAGAUGCUGGGGACACCAGGUGGUGGCAAUGGGGGGAGUGACAGGGAUGUAGGGGGACACCAGGUGAUGGGGGUGGAGUGGGGGCACAGGUUGGUGGGGACACAGAGACGCUGGGGACGUCAGGUGGUAAGGAUGUGGGGAACACCAGGAAUGCAGGUAUGCCAAGGACAGCAGGUGGCUGGGCCAUGGGGAGGUGCAGGACACCAGGUGGUGGGAUCUCCAAACACCUGGAAUGUUGUCUUUCGUAGCCCAACACAUUCCGCCUGGCACCACAACUGCCAACAGCCAACAGAGACCCAGCUGGAUUCUUUCUUUGCUCAAGUUAAAGCAUCAGAAAGCAACACUGACUUCCAAAAAAAUCUCAUAAGCAUGGAUGGCAGGAAUAGAACCUCUCAGAAAAUGCGUCGUAGUAAGGAGUCAAAUGUAGCAGCAAACAAAUUGAAUGAUAUUCCAGAAGCACUGCAAGUGGUCAAAAACCACCUUAGGGAUAGAGCAGCAGAAAAUACAAUGGGGAGAAUAAAAACGGCAAAGAAAAAGAAGGACAAACAAAGUAAUGAUGCAGACAGAGCAAGCUGUAAACAGAAAUCAGAAAACAAUGAAGAACUAUCUGCAAAAAAAGAAGAAACAGUGUUAGAGACUAACAAUCAGUUAAACCCGACAUCUCUGUCUCAUAUACCUCUGCAAAGUCUAAUGGACGUAGAAAUGGAGUUGGUCUACACAGAUGAGGAGGACAUCUCCUUCGAGUUUGCUGAGCCCAUGGUGUCUACAAGCACACCAUCAGAGUGUGAUGGUUCUGAAAAAGCAGAUGCUCCGAGUGUACCUAAUGGCAGCACUUUGCCCCAAAUUAACAAACAGCUUCAGAUGACCCUCCAGAAAGCCAGGACUUACUACAGGCAGAACAACCACGCAGCAGCAGCGGAGCAGUUCUCUAUGGCACUGGAGAUCUGUAGUAAAGGUGUUGCUAUAGACUAUCCCCUUCAGUCAUCUCCGGAAGAUAUCUCCAGUAUCGCCAGUUUUAUUGAGACAAAGCUUGUAACUUGCUACUUAAAACUGAAGAAGCCUGAUGAUGCUCUGAAUCAUUCACACAGGAGCAUUAUUCUGAACCCAGCCUAUUUCCGGAAUCACCUGCGCCAAGCUGCUGUGUUUAGGUGCUUAGAGAGAUACUCCGAAGCUGCAAGGAGCGCCAUGAUUGCUGACUAUAUAUACUGGCUGACAGGAGGCACUGAGCAGCAUACAAGCAAGCUCAUCAAACUGUAUUGGCAGGCUAUGAUUGAAGAAGCCAUCACUAGAGAAGUAUCUUUUUCAGUUAUGUACACACCAUUUGUGACAGAAGUCAGGGCUGACAAAAGAAACAAGCUAAAGGACGUGUUUGCUAAAAUGCACCCUGAUUACGUGGAACACAUAUAUACAGAACCUCAUGGACUUCACAUCUUGCCACAGACGGCUGAGUGGCCAUCUCUGCCUCCCCAGAAGUACUCACUGACUCUGGGUUUCAGAAACAAACGUAUUGGGAAAAUCUUGGAAAGGCUGUCAACUAGAAGACUGCCAAUCUUUUCAGGUCGGAAAGCACCUUUCAGACCUCUUACGAAAGAAGAAACAAAAACAUACUGGAACAACACUGGGAAAAAGAUCCUGCCAGUAAUGGAUUUUAUAAGAAGCACCAAACUAACCGACAAUCACUGCGCGUGUUCACGUGGGAUAGAGAAGUUGCAUUACGCCAGCCUACUCGGCCGUUUGCAGAGAGUCGAGGAACAGUCCCAAGUGAUUAAUCAAGCGAUGGCUGAGCUAGCAACCAUUCCCUACCUGCAAGACAUCAGUCAGCAGGAUGCCGAACUGCUGCAGUCGCUAAUGGCAGAUGCCAUGGACACCCUUGACGGAAGAAGUAGUGAUAAAGGACGUGUGUGGAAUAAAAUUCAGAAGAUUGGACUAAUUGAAGACUACAUAUACCAAGUAGAAGACAAUUACUUAAAGAACAAAAGGCUGAGGACAGCUAGAACUGAAAAAAUGAAGAGUACUCAAAGUACCCAGCAAUAUUAGAGACU